CUAUAAUUUAGUAAUAAUUCUAUACUUAUUUCUAGAUUACUAUAAUUUAGUAAUAAUCCUAUACUUAUUCCUAAAUUACUAUAAUUUAGUAAAGAAUUAGACGGCAAGCCUGUAUCAGGAAAUGGAUGCACCCCGUUCAGGCAAUCCGCGCCUCGCUUACGGCUUUCGCGCUACGCUCGACCCGGUAAUCGGCCUCAACGUCCGCCAUAAAAGGCCUCCCUUCGCCGUCAUUUUCCCUCCCUCUCUCCUCAUCCUUUUCUCUCUACUCUCAUCCCUCCACCCGCAACCCCUUUGCAUAGCCCUCGUCUUCGCCAACCGCCCCAUGCGCACAUGCAAGCCCUACCCACUUCCCUCAAUUUCCAUGUCUCAGACUGAUGAUAGUGCAGCGCCUUUUGGGCACUCCGACAGCAAAUUCCUGCCUCACUCUCAUCGUCACGAUGGACGAAACGUCCGUUUCCUGCUCUCACCGCUAGAAUCGCAAUGGCCAUUCAUCCCUCCUUGCUGCCAUUCGAUUCCAGGAGACUCCCAUUCAGGCGUGCGGGCAUUCACGAUGCUCGAAGGCGUUCCCCCCGGUCCCAUACUCAGGCCAUUCUUUCGCCUCCGGAGAGCCAGUAUCCGUAGCCGCCAAUCCACGGGAACCGCCACGUCAGCACGGCUGCCUGCUUCGUUUCCUCGACAGUUUUCAUCCCAAAGCGACACCGCCCCCAGUCCCCUCGGCGCUGCAAGCUCCCUCGUAUCUCUAAAUAGCUCCUGGCCAUCUUCAGCCGGCGGCCGUGCUUGAUCAUGCAGACGUUACUCGUGCUGGAUGGGCUGUAUGCUAUUGGCCCCGGAGUCGCCGUGUUUCGCAGCUUAUCAGUUCUAGCUGCUCCACAGGC